UACUUACAGGAGUAAGAGUUCUUUAUUAUUCUGUUAUGAAACUGCUGUAGAACAAAUGGAAAUGUUAGAGUUCACAUCAAGCGUUGAAACAGCUGCUGAUAGCGAUGAAAAAUUGUACAUGCCACCAGCUAAAAAGUUAGCAGUUUGUAAUACAAUUGACACUGAGGAGACAUAUCCAUCAGUUUCCCCAAGAUUGAAGAAAUCUUUUAAUUGCCAAAAUAUUUUACAACCCACAACUGUUCGAUAUAUUGAGCCAUUUAGUUCGAAUUGUUCUCUACUGAUAUUUUCCUCUUCUGAUCAGAGCUUGGCAGCUGUUGUGGCUGCUUUAGGCACCCGAUUUCCUGAUGAACUUCCUUGCAUCGGUUGGAGGCGACGAUUACAAACAACUUACCACGGCUAUCUUAAAACAACUAAUGGCUAAAAAAGUAUGCUUGUUAUACUUUAUGUAUGGCAGGAAACAAAAGAAAUCAUUUUCGCCUCUUACAAGGUGCAAGCUGCCAUAAAAAAAAUUUGAAAACGCUAAUGACAAAAGCAUUAAAGAAAGACGGCCAUUGAUAGAGAAGGCGAAAGAAAAAAUAGAACCGCAAUUGAGCAAAGCCCACUAUUGAGCGAUGAAAAUGAAUGUCGCCAAGAUUAUGAAAAUCAAUGCCCACUAUCUGAUAGUGAGAGUGUA